AUGCGCGCUGUUUACUUGGCUUUUGCGGUAUUGCUACCCCUGUCCCAGUGCCUUCAGAUCCCAACCGCUGCUUAUCGAGCCCGAUACGGAGAGAGCGAGAUCUAUAAAACUGCCGAAGCUCGAUCUGCGCCAGACACCGACAACAGGACUUGUGCCUGCAGCAUGGACGCAUCAAUAGAUCUAUCGGACGCCUCCAAGGCCUUGGACUUGGAGAAUAUUCGCUUCCAACUGAUCCGCCUUGAAGACACCAUAACCUUCCAUCUUAUCGAACGAGUGCAAUUCCCUCUUAAUAAACGAAUAUACAUACCUGGAGCUGUCAAAAUCCCUGGUAGCGAGCUUAGUCUUAUGGACUAUGUGCUCAGCGAACAGGAACGCCUUCAGUCCCGCGUGCGCCGAUACCAAUCGCCCGAUGAAUACCCAUUUUUCCCUGAUGUGCUUGAAACUCCCAUCUUACAGCCUCUCCAGUACCCUAGAAUCCUGCAUGAAAAUGACGUCAAUGUCAACGAUGUGAUAAAAUCGCGAUAUAUCAAUGAGAUCCUCCCGUCACAGUGUAAAUCCAGAGAUAGGGGUGAAGCCCAGGAGAAUUAUGGCUCAUCCGCAACCAGUGAUGUCAGCUGCUUGCAGGCUUUGUCCAGGAGGAUCCAUUUUGGUAAAUUCGUUGCGGAAUCAAAGUUCUUGGCCGAUACAGACAAGUUCGUGAAGUUGAUCAAGGCGGAGGAUCGCGAUGGCAUCGAAGAGGCCAUCACCAACGUCAAAGUAGAGAAGAUGGUGUUGGACCGCUUGCGAUUAAAGGCAAGAACGUAUGGAAGGGACCCAGCAAAUCCCGGUGAAGGGAAACCAAAGAUCGAUGUUGAGGCCGUCGUCUCCAUGUAUAAGUACAGUGUUAUCCCUAUGACGAAGAUUGUCGAGGUGGAGUAUCUAAUGCAAAGACUCAAAGGAACGGAGUGGGAGGACUAA